CUCCCCGACACUUACUCUUCUACUCGUUCUGAUGAUUGCACAGCACGGCGAUGACCUUGAGGAUGACUUCGUCCCAGACGACCUCGUCGCCCUCUCUGGGGAGGAUGACGACCAAGACGACGCUCAACCGAGGGGAGACGACAUCAAGGACUUGCUGAGCGCAGAGGAGGACAACGAUCUGGAUGCGGCGCGGCAAGAGGAGGCUGCCAAAGAGAAAAAGCGAAAGAGAAGGGCAAAGGAGAAAGAGCGAAAGCUCAAGAAGCGCAAGGUCGCCGCACCAGAGGAUACCUCUCAACCGACCUCCUCUGCCGCUCAAUCUCCACAAGCUCUGGCAGAUUACAUGUCAUCUCUGCAAGCCAAGGCCCUACCAUCGUUAUCCACCAUGGAGCUUGACGAUAUUCGGAUUCCCGAAACCUCGAUAGUGGACACGACUCAAUGGACGGGAUCGAGGUCAUUGGAUAAGCUCCCAGACUUCAUUAUACAAGUCCUGCCCACGCUUGUCACCAGACUGUCGCAACGGUCCAAGUCUGAAGGCUCACCCACCCUUCUGUUCAUCUGCGGUGCUGCCCUUCGCGUUGCAGACGCUGUACGGGUUUUGAGGGACAAAAAGCUCAGAGGCGAAAAGGGCGGAGAUGUCGCAAAACUGUUUGCGAAACAUUUCAAGCUCGAGGAUCACGUCUCAUAUUUGAAACGGACCAAGAUUGGUUCUGCUGCUGGUACUCCUGGGAGAGUAGGCAAGCUACUCUGCGACACAGGCAAGUCUCUCUACGCUCUGUCGUUGUCGCAGCUGACACAUAUCAUUCUCGAUGCCUCGUUCCGCGAUGCAAAGGAACGCAGUUUGCUGGAUAAUCCAGAAACUCGAGAUGAAGUGAUGAGGACUAUCCUAGGAGCACCCAAAGUGAUGGACAAACUUAAAGAGGGUAGAAUUCAACUUGUGCUCUUUUGAAACCUCGCGGCUGCCCAGCUUUCAUGAGGUAAAAAGUAUGGAUUAAAAAUACGCAUACAAAUACUGUUCUAAUGAAACCUAUAAAUUAGAA